AUGGCAGGACAAUACACGUCUCACAGAGAAGCUUUUGUAUCCGGUCUAUCAACUGGCGCACCAAAUCCAACAGCAAAAGGCUCGGCMGAUUACCAUGAAGAAAUUAAUGGCGAUGUAUUUUUGGACUGGUUGAAAGGCGUCAUUCCAUUACUCAAAGACAAUUCUGUCAUAGUAAUGGACAAUGCGCCUUAUCACUCAGUAAAAUGUGAAAAAUGCCCAACAUUAGACUGGAAAAAGGCUGAAAUUGAAAAUUGGAUGGAAGAAAAGGGUGAACAAUUCGAUAGGCCGAUGAACAAGAUACGGCUCAUGGACAUCGUGAAACGCAUUAAGCCGAGGUUCAAUACAUACGUUAUGACGGUAUUACGGACGCUACUGUAUCAUUGUGAAUGCAACCCCAUAAAACUUGCGUGGUCUUCAGUCAAAAGGUACGUGAAGACAAACAAUACCACUUUCAAACUUCCGGACAUAAAAAAACUUUUGAUCGAAGGUGUCAAAUCUGAAAUGUGGAAGAACUUUGUCCAUCACGUCAUUAAAGUAGAAAACAGGUUCUGGAAAGUGGACUUGACUAUCGAUGAUGUGAUGGAUGAUGACAAUCUCCAUGUAAUGACGAUCGGGGACACAUUGGAUUCAGACGAUCUACGAAAGUGA